AUGCCGUGCUCGGCCGGAUUGAUCUAUCGCGACAGAAAACCGUUCGCGCGCACGCACGAACCGGGAAAGAAGGCCGCGAUCGGCCGAAAUUUUCGUAUCGGAACGGACCGACCGUGCCGGUCGAUCCGGGAAACAACGAUCGGCCUCGGCCGAAAUCUCUCGGCCACGAAAAUUUGGCCGACCAAAUCGCUCGACCGCGACAAAAUCCAUCGGCCAUCGGCCCAAAAUUUUCUAGGCCAAGGUACACCAAUGGCAAAGACAAAAGGAAAUGAGAGUAUGAAGAAGAAGAAGAACCCAUUCAUGGAACCACCAAAGAAGCAAAUCAAGCUAGGGAGUAGUAGCUCCAAUGCAAGAGCAGCAAUACCAACUUCACCACAUUCCAUUGAUGCAAUCAAGAACAUGUGGAGAGUCCAAGAAGAGGAGAAGAUGAUUGGGCACUUGAAGCUAGCUCAAGACUUGGAAGGCAAGAAGCUUUGUGUUCGUUUUGGGAGGCUUAUCACGGCCAUAGUACUGCAUGUGGGGAUUGACAUUCCCAACUAUGAGCCACUACCCAAGCCAACCCCUUUGGAUCUCCAUGCUCUUCAGCACAUCCACUUCCUAAACCGUUGGACUAAAGACCCAACUCGGUUUUGCUAUGAGUUUCCAAUUGGUCCAGCCAACACUUCCCUUGUCUUGCUGCCACAUGAAGACAUCCCAAGCCUACGCUCAGGUGUUGUCACUUUCCAGCCCAAUGAGGAAGAGUUCUAUGUUCCAUCAAGUGAGAAACCAUCAUUCCCCAUGCUCACCUAUCGCACACUUCAGCAUGCAGUCAAGACUCAACGCCGCCUCCAAGAACGCCAUGUUCUCACUACUGGCAUGGCUGCGCAUCAAGCUCUAGACCGUGUUAACAAGCUGGAGAAGAUAGUGGAAUGCCAAUCUCGCUUCAUCUCACGCCUAGUCCGCGUAGUUCGCCACAUUGCACCGGAGAGACUCUUUCGCCCUUCUUCCACCGCUAGAGAGCCAUAUGAGCCUGACCUUGGUGAGUUCUCACUAGACUCAGAGCUUGGUUCAGAAGGCGAUGACCCCAUAGAUGAGGAAGAGAGUUCUUCUCACUGCCACACAUAG